GGGAACUUGCCCAAAUGAAAUUAAAACCUCUACAUGUUGCCAAGCUUUUCUCAGAGGGAAAGAAUGUAAAGAAAACGCAGGAAAUGUGGAGACUGGGAAUGCACAUCACUUCAAGUUUAAAAAAAAACUUUGCAUGACCAUACACUCUAACUUGCGCAUAUGAUUCUUCUUGGUCCUGAGAGCCUAUUUGAAGAUAUAUGAGACAUAUCUUCAAUAUCCUUGGGAUAAAAUAUACAAUUGAAGUCUGGCCUUUUGAAAUGGAUUCUGAAGUUAUUUUGUACUAUAGUUUCUUUUACCAAAAUAUUGUCCAGCCUUGCCCAUUCAACAAAGAUUGAAUUAUCAUUCAGAAUUGGGCUUGGACAUCAAUUAUGAUGAUGUGGAUUGAUGCAUAUCCAAAAUCAAUAUGAAAGUUAACUUGUUGGGAAACAUGCUUUGUGUCAAAAACAUUGACGUAGCUUUGAUAUUUCUCUGUAAGAAAUAGAGUUAUUCUGGUAGCUGUACACGGUUGAUAGCAAAGCAAAAAAACUUGGUCAGUUAAAAUUUCAGAUUACUUUUGUGCAUUUUAUUCAAUGUGAAUUAUACUCAUUUUAGUCAGGUUAAUUUUAAUUGUGCGUGAUUCUUUUUAAGCUACUGCUAAAAGAAAGCCAUGCAUUGAAUAGAAAACCUGCAUGCAUUUAAACAGCAAGGUUUCUCUUUAGGAAAGGAUCGAGCUAAGAAUAUAGAAAUAUUUGAUGGGAAGAUAAUGAAUUUGCAUAAAUAUAACUGGAGUUGGAAGCCUGUUGUGUAGCCAGUAAGAAUAUACAGUCUGAAGAAGGGUCCUGACCUGAAACAUCACUUACUGUUUUCCUCCAGAGUCAUAAGAGUCAGAGUUAUACAGGGCUGAAACAGGCCCUUUGGCACAACUUGCCCACACCGGCCAACAAUGUCCCAGCUACACUGGUCCCACUUGUCUACGCUUGGUCCAUAUCCCUCCAAACCUAGACCUAUCUCCUGGCCCCUUUUUGACCUUCUGAUCUCCUUUUUCAGUUUACUCCUUAGUUCCCGAAACUCCUCCAGGGUUGUACUUGAUCCCAGCUGCCUAUACCUGUCCCAUGCAUCCUUUCUUGUUUUUGACCAACGUAUCAAUUCCAUCGUUAGCCAAGCUUCCUUACAUUUGCCUGCUUUGACCUUCACUCUAACGGGGAUGUACAUAUUCUGAGUUUUUGUCAGCACACUUUUAAAAACAUCCCACUUGGCCGAUGUUCCUUUCCCCUCAAAUAACCUGCUCCAAUCCAUAGAUGCUACCUGACCCACUAAGUUACUCCAGUGUCCAUUUGAAGAGGUUUGGGAACCAUUCUCCAGGCUCUCAGGUUUCGGGAAAUGGCAAAAUCCAAUAGCUUAAUUGGGAGCAGGUUUUAGUGCUGUGAAAAGUGUCAAGACCAUAGUCAUCAGCCCACACUCCACUACCGUUCUGGUAGGUAAUCUGAAGUUAUCCUCCAGGGCUAUGGUUUUGACCCUUGCUCCUCCCAGUAAAUUCAUUGCAGGUGUUGUCCCAAUAAUUUGCCCAUGUUUGAAUCGAACACUUAAGUUUCUUUAGCUACUGCAAAACUAUUAGAUAGGACUGUUCGGUACUUAACCUUUUUGUUGUUAACAUGUAGCGAGACUUGUGUACUCCCCAGGUUGUAUGCAAACCAAAGGUUUUCAUUGUACCUCGGUACAUGUGACAAUAAAGUAUCAUUCAUUCAACUAUUUUUUGAAUAACAAAAUAUUAAAUGUUGGUUUGGCAUUUUAUUUGCACAUUGCUCAUCCCAUUGCAGUACCUGGUUUAUAAUGUGUCCUUUCUCUCGUUGUAGUUUGGAAAGUAGUGACAUUCAGGCCAUGCACCGGAGACACACUACCCUCCGUGAGAAAGGGAGAAGACAGGCCAUCCGAGGUCCAGCCUAUAUGUUCAAUGAGAGGGGUAAAAGCUUGACGCCUGAAGAAGAACGCUUCCUGGACGCAGCAGAAUAUGGGAAUAUACCAGUGGUACGUAAAAUGCUAGAGGAGUCAAAGACUUUGAAUUUCAACUGUGUUGAUUACAUGGGGCAAAAUGCUUUGCAACUUGCGGUGGGAAACGAACAUUUAGAGGUGACUGAGCUUCUAUUAAAAAAAGAAAACCUUGCGCGGAUUGGUGAUGGACUUCUUCUGGCAAUUAGCAAAGGUUACGUGAGGAUAGUCGAAGCAAUUCUAAAUCAUCCGGCUUUUGCACAGGGACAUCGACUGGCCAUCAGCCCCCUUGAACAGGAACUUCAUGACGACGAUUUCUACGCUUACGACGAAGACGGCACCCGUUUCUCCCAAGACAUCACGCCCGUGAUUCUCGCUUCUCAUUGCCAGGAAUACGAGAUUGUACAUAUACUGCUACUGAGGGGCGCACGGAUUGAGAAGCCGCACGACUAUUUUUGCAAGUGUAGUGAAUGUGUCGAGAAACAGAAACGAGAUUCUUUUAGCCAUUCCAGGUCCAGGAUGAAUGCAUACAAGGGAUUAGCAAGUGCCGCCCAUUUGUCUCUGUCCAGUGAAGACCCAGUCCAUACGUCUUUGGAGCUAAGUAAUGAACUGGCUCGGUUAGCCAAUAUAGAAACAGAGUUUAAGAACGACUACAGGAAGUUAUCUAUGCAAUGCAAGGACUUUUCUGUCGGCGUACUGGACCUAUGCCGGGACACAGAGGAGGUGGAGGCCAUUCUAAACGGAGAUGUGGAUUCCCAGCCUCAGGGAGAUCAUCACAGGCCUUCCCUCAGCAGAGUGCAACUUGCCAUUAAGUAUGAAGUUAAGAAGUUUGUUGCUCAUCCGAACUGCCAGCAGCAAUUGCUUACAAUUUGGUAUGAAAAUCUCUCAGGCUUACGUCAACAAUCUGUCGGAAUGAAGUGCCUGGCUGUAUUUGGUGUCACCCUAGGACUCCCAUUUCUUGCCAUCGGAUACUGGUUUGCUCCAUGCAGCAAGCUGGGACAAAUUUUAAGAAGUCCUUUUAUGAAGUUUGUAGCACAUGCAGUAUCAUUCACCAUCUUUCUAGGACUUCUGGUGUUAAAUGCAUCGGACAGAUUUGAAGGUGUAAAGAAUUUGCCCAAUGAAACUAACACAGACAACCCAAGACAGGUCUUCAGGGUGAAAACAACGAGAUUUACCUGGACUGAAUUGUUAAUAAUGAAGUGGAUUCUAGGGAUGAUAUGGACCGAAUGCAAAGAAAUAUGGGCAGAAGGACCCAAAGAGUACGUCAUGCACCUGUGGAACAUUUUAGACUUUGGGAUGUUGUCCAUCUUUGUUGCCUCGUUCACUGCAAGGUUUAUGGCAUUUCUGAAGGCCACUGAGGCUCAACGCUACGUGGAUUUGCGCAUAAGCGCCAGCGAUCUCUCCAAGGUAUUGCUGCCUCCAGAAGUUGCCUACUUCACUUAUGCUAGGAAUAAAUGGGUUCCAUCUGAUCCACAAAUCAUAUCUGAAGGACUUUAUGCAAUUGCUGUGGUGUUAAGUUUCUCCCGGAUUGCUUACAUUCUACCAGCGAAUGAAAGCUUUGGUCCUCUGCAGAUCUCCCUGGGAAGGACAGUGAAAGACAUUUUCAAGUUCAUGGUUAUAUUCAUCAUGGUCUUUGUUGCUUUCAUGAUUGGAAUGUUCAACCUUUAUUCCUACUAUUUAGGCGCAAAGUAUAACCCAGCCUUUACAACUGUUGAGGAGAGUUUCAAAACGUUAUUCUGGUCAAUAUUUGGCUUGUCAGAGGUGAUAUCCGUUGUCCUCAAAUACGACCACAAGUUCAUUGAGAACAUAGGGUACAUUCUCUAUGGCGUGUACAAUGUUACGAUGGUGGUGGUGUUACUCAACAUGCUGAUAGCUAUGAUCAAUAGCUCAUAUCAAGAAAUUGAGGAGGACGCAGAUGUUGAGUGGAAAUUUGCUCGUGCUAAGCUCUGGCUCUCUUACUUUGAUGAAGGAAGAACUCUGCCCGCUCCAUUUAACCUUGUGCCAAGCCCAAAGUCAGUUUACUACUUUAUGUUAAAAAUUAAAAUCUGCCUUAUUCAUUUGUGCAAAUCCAAUGUGCAAAAAUCAGAAGCCGACCUUGAAAUGGGUAUGCUGAAUUCCAAGCCAGGUCAACAUUAUCAAUCGAACCCUGGACAUGCCGAGGGACAUGGUCUGAAAAAGCCGAUCAGCAAUCCAACAAGAUAUCAGAGAAUUAUGAAGCGGUUAAUAAAGCGAUAUGUGCUGAAAGCACAGGUUGAUAGAGAAAAUGAUGAAGUCAAUGAAGGAGAACUUAAGGAGAUCAAACAGGACAUUUCUAGUCUUCGCUACGAACUCCUGGAGGAAAAGUCACAAGCGACAGGAGAGUUAGCACAGCUCAUUCAGCAACUAGGUGACAAAUUUGGCAAAAACAUGAAAAAAUAAUUGAAAUGAAUGGAACGUCUAUUGCAGUGCACUUUGAAAGAAAUGGGAUCUUUGGUCAAAAGGAAUUGUCGGAGACAAGGCAACAAAGUGGGUCAAUUUGUACGUUGGUAUUUUUGAAACCAGUUUAUUUAGCUGUGCCCAAUUAGAUCGCCUCCUUACGAGAAGACAGCAAAGAGGGAAAUAAUGAAAACAGGUUGAACUUCAAGAGGGAAGGAUGAGAUGGUAUCAGCACUAAGGAAGUGGAGAGUGUAUUUGUGGUAUCUCCAGCUGAAUUGUGCGCCUAGUAACAAUGAGUAAUCAUGUACACCAGGUAGGUACCUCCUCCAUAACUGCUGACUGUCUCCUGCUCCAAAAUGUAUCCAUUCCAGAAAAACAUGGGGCUUGUAGCAGCGGGUUGCAUAAUAGGUCACAACAUUUUAUUUUAAAUCACAAAAAGAGCGUGCCCCUAAUAUAUAUAUAGAGGCAAGGAACUGCAGAUGCUGGUUUACACAAAAGGACACAAAGUGCUGGAGUAACUGAAUGCUCCGAAUAUACUAAGGUUUACUGGAAACUGGUGGAAAAUCAAUUACUUUUCUAGCUAUUUAAGACUAUCAAUCCAUGUUUGGAUCCCACUGUGAACACACCAAAAAUACUAAUAAAUAUGAAAACUCUCAAAUUAAAAACAUCCAUCCAUUUUUUUAAACCACUUUGGAUGAUUGUGGUAUGGAAAAAGUUAUCAAGACUUCCAACUAACUUUCAUCAACAAAGUAAAUACCAGAAUACAAGCUAUGAAAUCACUUUUUUGUCUUACAUCUUUGCAUUUUAUUCUUUAUUACUUUGUUCAGUUUUGGAUUAAGAAGGAUAACUGACACUCCCCCCCUUUGUAGUUUUUUCGGGGUUUCAUAAUUAUUUGGGUCAUACUAUUAACUUGGAUUUGAGGUCUCACAGUUUAUUUUUAUUCUGCUUAAGCUGUUUAACUCUUAAUUUAUACGUUUUUUAAGGACAUCACUCCUCAGAAAGCAAAAUAUAAAUUGAACAUUGUUAUUUCUGAGUUUAGUUAAUUGUCACGUUUAACGAGGUACAGUGUAAAGUUUUUGUUGCGUGCUAACCAGUCAGCGGAAAGACAAUACCGGAUUACAAUCAAGCCAUCCAGUGUACAUGAUCAAGGGAGUAACAUAGAUAAUGCAAGAUAAAGCCAGUAAAGUCCGAUCAAAGAUAGUCCGAGGGUCUCCAAUGGGGUAGAUAGUAACAAGCAAGAGCAAGUCUGCCUUUCUUUACAUUUAGAGUCAUAAGAGAUACAGAAGAGAUACAGCCUUUCAGACCAGAGUCCGCAGUAACUAUCAACCACACUUUUGCACUGAUCCUACAUUAAUCCCAUUCUGCCUACAUUCUAUCAGUUCCCUCCACAUUCCACCACUCACCAACACUCUUGGUGGCCAGUUUACCCACUGAACCCCUGGAUCUUUUGGAUGUGGGUGGAAAUUGGAGCACCUGGAGAAAAUCCAUGCAGCAAACAGCAUAGAGACAGCCGCCGAGGUCAGGAUUGAACCUGGGUCUCCGGCGCUGUGAGGCAGCAGCCCCAUUAGCUGCAACACUGUGCCAACCUUUACAGCUGUGGCCACACAUACAAAAGUCGUCUGUAGCUAGCACAGAUUAACAAAAUGUUUGAGUAUACCAAUAUUUAACUGUUAAUGUUGAAAGUCUCUUGUAUAUUGUAUUGUUUUUAAACCAAAAUAAAAGUAGCCUUUGGAGUGAUUUUUUAAUGUAAUUGAACACUUUGUGCAGAGCAUGUGAAAACCCAGAAAUCCUGUAAAAAGAUCUAUAUAUAAAUCAUUUAUCGAACACACAAGACCCACUGUAGUGGAGUGAAGACCCUUUGGAGUUAUAAUAUUUAAACUUACAAUAUUGAAAUCAUUUUACGUCACAAGAACCCACUCAUCUCAAUAAACCAUGAAACCCACACACCCAAUAUUACAGAGACAGCAGAUGCUGCGAUCUUGAGAAUAAUACAAAGUUCUGGAGGAACUCAGUGGUUCAGGCAGCAUCUGGGGAGGCAAUGGACAGGAAAAGGUUGGACUCGGGACCCUUUGUAUUCUCUCAACAUUGCUCUUUGACAAUUCAGAUAGACAUCUGAUCCACAAGUAAAGCAAAUUACAAAUGAGAGCAAUUAUAUCCAAUGUUUCAAAAUAUUCCCACAUCACAUUGUUUGCACAGUCCAGGAGAGUUCAAUAAUGUUUUAUUGUCACAUGUGCAAAGCACCGUGAAAUUAUUUUGGAGUCACUAGAUUUGGUGCCAUUUCCAAAGUCCGGUUUGCGAGCUAGGUCUUAUGGAGCAGCGCCUGAUCCAGGCGAGUCCCUGGAUUGUUCAGCGUUCCGACGUUCCUCUUCUUGCCCGGCCACCUUUGUGCCCCUGGGAUACCUCCCACAGCCGACCUUGAGCGUGCUGGAAGUAAGACCCCGGCUCACGUUCCUCCCGGCCUUGCUCCUCGCACGGGACUGUGGUUUCCGGCUCCCUCAAGCAUUCCUCGAUUACAUGGGGUCAAAAUGUAAGGUGCAAAAUGAGUCGCAGUUGCAAUCCAGGAAUAUAUUUACCAGACCUAUCGGAUCUAUUCCUGGAGGGUUGAUCAUGUAAUAUCAGAUCAGAUCACUCUGUAACCUGCACAUAUGCUAAUAUUACAUUUACUUUGGAAAGGCUGGUGGAUUUUCUUCCAGUCUUGCAACUUUGCACCUGCAGCAAAUAAGUAACAAGGUUUAAAAAUCACAAGGCCCUUUAAGCAGGCAAAGAUAAACUAUCAUGAUUGCUGGGAUGUCAGGACUUUCAUAUGGAGAAAGACUGGAUAGACUCGGUUUGCACUCGCUAGAAUUUAGAAGAUUGAGGGGGGAUCUUAUAGAAACUUACAAAAUUCUUAAGGGGUUGGACAGACUAGAUGCAGGAAGAUUGUUCCCGAUGUUGGGGAAGUCCAGAACAAGGGGUCACAGUUUACGGACAAGGCGGGAAUCUUUUAGGACCAAGAUAAGGAAAACAUUUUUCACACAGAGAGUGGUGAAUCUCUGGAAUUCUCUGCCACAGAAGGUAGUUGAGGCCAGUUCAUUGGCUAUAUUUAAGAGGUAGUUAGAUGUGGCCCUUGUGGCUAAAGGGAUCAGGGGGUAUGGAGAGAAGGCAGGUACAUGAUACUGAGUUGGAUGAUCAGCCACGAUCAUAUUGAAUGGCGGUGCAAGCUCGAAGGGCCGAAUGGCCUACUCCUGCACCUAUUUUCUAUGUUUCUAUCAUGUACCAGCUCUUGCCCACAGCCCUCCUCUCCAAAGGGUCUCCCCUCCACUCCACUGGGUCCGUUGUGUUCGAUAAAUCACUGGAUUCAGAUAACAGUUUUGAUUCACUCAGUAAUUGAUUACACUGCUAAAUAAGGCGCAUAUACUCACAUAUCCCCGAACGCACUCGCAAACCCCCGAGUACACAGCAGCGCGCACCGCAGGGCAUUUCUACACACUUACGUAAACCCGUACGUACUCGCAAACUCAUCAGAGCACACCACAUGAUGUUUCGUUCUUGAUCACCUGGCACCGUUCGCGACAAGGUUCAAGGCUGAACUUCUCUCACCGAAAGGUGGCCCAACACCAUCCAUUAUGGCAUUUCUUAUCAGAGCAGACCGCGCCACUACCCCCUCCCCGAUCUAAUCAUAAGCCCCCCCUUGUCUGCAACGUGUCUGGGCUACUAGCGGCAGGGGGCGCGGGUGGUCUAGCCAACUAUUAUCGUGUUGUGUUCGCCAACGCAACCUUCCCCCCAUAGAAUGGCAUGGGAAAGGCUGCGUUCCCAGGCAAUGGUCACAGGCACGAGGAGAUAACACAUCUGGAAACUUGUUUUUGAGAGAAUAUGGAAUGAAGGAAGGGCUACUAAUUUAGCAGAUAACUCCAUUUCACAUUUUAGCUCAAAUUGUCAGUUUAACCCUUACACUACACUCCACCCCUUGGAGUCAUCAACGUACAUUUAACUACAUGUUACUGAGUAUACAAACAAUAAUACUCAAAAGUACAGUAUAAUA